UUUAUUUUUAUAUAAAAUCGUAUAUAAUCUGUGUACAUAUAAUUCACUGAACCAAAUCAAAAUGUUGAUAUACUGGAUCUUAUUAGCUUCGAUAUCGAUAUCUCGAUGCCAGGAUUUGGAUUCUUUAAUGAGCGACCUUUUUAACACAAGCAUACCAACUGAAAUGCCACCGAAAAUAGGUUUAGAGCCUUGCCUCACAAAGGACAAGCAGAAAGGAGAAUGUGUUAAUUUUAACCAAUGUGUUAACACUAAUAACGGUGAUUACGUGGUUAACAUUAUCAGGAUACUUGAUGGGCCUUGCAAAUCUUAUUUAGAUGUAUGCUGUGUGCCAACAAAUGUACAAGAUCAGCCCUUACCUUUGCCCAAACCAUUCUUACCGCGCGAAGGCUGCGGUUGGCGUAACCCUAAUGGCGUUGGAAUGGUCACUACAGGCGAUGUGAAUGGUGAAGCCAAAUUCGGAGAGUUCCCAUGGAUGGUCGCUGUUUUAAGGAAAGAUCCAACCAUCCCUGGUGGCUUCAGGCAUAUCGGUGGUGGGUCACUGAUCCACCGGAGCGUGGUGGUGACGGGUGCCCAUGUGGUAGUAGCCACCAACAGUGUUGGGAAGCUAAUGGUGCGAGCCGGCGAAUGGGACACACAAACUACUAAAGAACCUUACCCAUAUCAAGACCGAGACGUGAGCAAUAUAGUCGUAAACAAGGAUUAUAAAAGUCGAAACUUAGCCAAUGAUAUAGCGUUACUCUUCCUAAGUCUACCAAUGAUGUUAACGCCAAACGUGGGGUUGGUGUGCCUACCCGCCGUCGGACAAACCACACCGCCCGGCACACGUUGUCACGCAUCCGGCUGGGGCAAGGAUCACUUUGGAGAAGUUGGAAAAUACCAAGUCAUAUUAAAGAAGCGUGAACUGCCUGUUGUUAGUCCUCAGAGCUGUCAAAAUCAGUUGCGUAGAACACGCCUCGGUGUAUUCUUCAAUUUGGACUCGAGCUUCAUGUGUGCUGGAGGCGAGGCCGGCAAAGAUACAUGUGUUGGGGAUGGAGGCUCGCCAUUAGUCUGUCCGGUGCAGACAGACCGCUACGUACAGACAGGAAUAGUUGCGUGGGGCAUCGGUUGUGGAGGAAAUACUCCCGGCGUCUACACAGAUGUUGCUAGUCAAAGAAGUUGGGUGGACGAGCAAAUGACCGCCGCUGGAUACGACGCCAGUAGUUAUACCAUGAAGAUAUGAAAUAUGUUUAACAAGAGCUGUUCCCGUACGGCUUCGUCCGAAUUAAAAUAUAAAAACUUCAUUCUAUUUCAUUAUUAACGAAUAAAGCGAAAUAACUAUAUGUAUUUCAUAAAAAUGACAUGAAAUAUAAUGGGCUAGCGUUGCAUUUCUCAAAUCGAUAUGAAUCAUUUGCCGACAGUAUUAUGGUAGGCGUUGUUGAGAUAAUUUCUUUUUUCUACAUUCUUCAUCAAUUUCUCGCAUAUUAUCGUUUCGUUCAAUAAU